AUGAACUCAGACCCUGUGGUCAACCAGCUGUUCUCAGACCUUGAGAAAGCUCUCAUCAAACCCAUCUUCGUUGACAUCCAGCAAGGCAGUGACACUGAGGGAACCGGGGAGGCUAUCUCUCCCUACAAGAGCUUCCGAUAUGCCCUGAGGAGGUGGCUGAAACCAGGAAGAUGUGCCCCUUACUGCGGAGACUCGUCACUGAAAACCUCGGCUGUGAUUUUUGUACGAGCAGGACAAUAUUCUGGAGGUAUGAACGAGAACAUUGAGCUCUUUCUCCCUCGAGAUGUUUCGCUCGUAAUCAUCAAAGACCCGAGGUUCCCUUGCGCAGAACAACCUCCAGACUGGGCAUGCAACUUCCCCGUGUCCGUGAAUCUUGCGCCAUGGUCAUACUGGAUCAAAGUUGAAGGAGGAGGCUUCUUCUCAGUGAGCAAUGUUGCCUUGCGUAAUUCGAGCUCAGACGCGAUCGUUGUUCAAGGAAAAGUUUCUCAAGUUUACAACAUUUACAUGUAUCAUGGCAUCUUCGGCUCUGUAGAACAAGUCGACACCAACGGAACCAUCUCCUUCGUCCCCAACUGGGAUGUCGAGGAGGACUUGAGGAUGCAAGGAAGAGCUGUGAACUGCUCUGCUCAAGGCUGUUACCCGGGUAGCAUCCUGCCAGCCUGGCAUGAGAACCCGCCGGAGCUUCUUCCUCUUUCAGACGCCUCCUAUCAGACCUGGACGCUGCCGGCAUCGAACAUCUUUCCCGGUGAGUUCUACGGGCUGAGCGUCUAUGUCGUGAGUACGGGGUCGGGCUGCAUCAACGGAGGAGAGCUAGUAGCGAAACAUGAGGUAGCAGGCGGGCAAGGAAGCGGCUUCAGCGCCAGGUUUGCCAUCGUGAACGGGUCUUUGAGCGGCUUGGAGUUGGUGGACACGGGUAGCGGCUACACGAGCGUAUCGAAUCUCAGCAUAGUGAUCGCAAGGGGAGGAGAAGGAUGCGUCAAUGUCUCAUUCCAACCAUUUCUGGUGCCGGACGCGUACCCAUACUGGUGA